GUCUUAUUAAACACACCAGUAAUUCUCGCCCCACCUGUCGACACUUCACGCAGUUGAAAUAAUAUAAAAGGAAGACUUGGCAGUUUUACGUCUUCACUUGCUCAUCAUUUGAACCACACCGAAGAAGGGGCGUGGAUGGAAAAGUGUCUUUGAAAAUUGCAGUGAUUUUCUAAAAAGGAAAUUCCUUUUUUAUUCUUUGUGUGAAAAUUCCCCAAAAAGGAUUAAAGAAAAGUGCCAAAACCAGGAUUAACGCGAAGAAUUGAAGGAUUUCCGCUGAUUUUACAGCAAUUAUUUUGAAGGAAAAUCUCUCAAAGGAUAUUACUUAAUUUUCCAAAGAAAAAAAUCUCCACAAUGGUUGCACAUCAAACGCUAGAUCGUGCGUACAAUCUGGAGUUACUCAGCUAUGUUUCCCUCAUUGUUGCUGGUAGUCUCAUCUAUGCCCUUUCCGGGUACCUAAAGCUCCUCUUUGUGGCACUAAAGCUCCCCGGGCCGCCGGCUAUUCCCUUCAUUGGGAAUGUCUUGAUGAUUGGCGACAAGAAUGUAAUGGCAAAUGAUGCAGCUAGAGCUUUCUCCCAGUAUGGCACACUCAUCAGAAUCUGGGUUACCAUUAUGCCGGCGUUCAUAGUGUUGGACCCACAGGAUCUUCAGAUAAUUCUAUCCUCAAGGAAACACACAGAUAAAACUUUUUUCUAUAAACUCCUCCACAACUUCCUCGGGAACGGGCUCAUCACAAGUAGCGGAGAUAAAUGGAAUGUCCACCGAAAGCUCAUCCAGCCGAGCUUUCACCUCAACAUCCUGGAAAAAUUCAUCGGCACCUUCAACGAUAGCUCUCAGUGUCUUCUGGAUAAAUUCAAAUCAGUCGAGGGGGAGGUCAACAUCACAGACUUUGUCAACAACUGCGUUCUCGACAUUCUCAAUGAAGCCGUCUUGGGUGUUCCAGUGUUCCGUGAGGAUAAAGAAAAGGAAAAGUCUCCCUUUAGACAGGGUAAGGUCGUUAUGCCGUACAGAGUAACACGACCCUGGCUCCUCCUGAAUUGGGUUUACAAAUUAACGGACACAGCUGCCUCUGAGCUGAACCAGAAGAAGCAGCUGGAUAAUUUUACGCGCAAAAUGAUCCACAUUCGUCGCGAGGCAAAACGAACGGGGAAUUUGGGUGAGCGGAAGUGCCUCCUGGACUACCUAAUUGACAUCUCAGACCAAGUACCGGACUUCACGGAAGACGACAUCAUCAAUGAGGCUUGCACCUUCAUGCUGGCAGGGCAGGAUUCCGUUGGAGCUGCAGUGGCUUUCAGUUUCUUCAUGCUAGCCCAGAAUCCGGAUUGUCAGAAGAAGUGCAUCGAGGAGAUUGACAAUAUUUUCGACGGAGACACCCGAGCACCUACCAUGAGGGAUUUGCGGGAGAUGCGUUACCUGGAGCAGUGCAUCAAGGAAACUCUGAGGUUGUACCCGAGUGUACCAUUGCUGGCUCGAAGACUGGGUGAGGAUAUUCGCGUUGGGGAACACACCCUAAUUGCUGGCAGUCACAUCUUCAUCGUCCCAUACGCCAUCCAUCGGUUGCCCUACAUCUACCCGGAUCCGGAGAAAUUCGAUCCAGAUCGCUUCCUACCGGAGGAAGUUGAGAAGCGCAACCCCUACGCAUUCCUGCCAUUCAGUGCGGGUCCUCGCAAUUGCAUAGGACACAAGUUUGCCAUCCUAGAAAUGAAGACAGUCAUCUCAAAAAUUCUGCGGCACUUCACUCUGCAUCCUGUCGAGGGCAAAGAAGACCUUCAUCCGUCCUUCCGGGUAACCCUUAGAGCAACUGGUGGUCUAUGGAUUAAACUCCAGCGACGGGAUAAAGUAUAAAAGCUACAUCCUUACCUUGCAAAUCCUUCUCUUUCUCCUCUCUCCGCUCUCCCAUCCUUGACAGAAUUUUGUCAAAGAGUCAGCAAAGAAGGAAUAUUUGAAUUAUUUUUUAUAUAUUUUUUAUUGUAUAACGAAUAAUAAUUUGUGUGUAGUGUAAUUUAUUUACUUGUUAAAAUGUGUGUUUGUGUUCUCAAAAGGAUAAAAAAGGAAGAAGAAAAUACAUAAUUUGAAAGAAAAGAAACUUUCGGCACUCAACCCUGGCUCAUUGCAUAAAAAUCAUUUUAAAAGAUAUUUUUGUCGUAUAUUUUGUCAGACAGAAAAAAGAGAACGAAACAGUAACACUUUAAAAAAAAUUGUGGAUAAAAUACAGGACAUAGAAAAGGA